ACCCGAGUCUGAUGAAUACGCAGAAAUUAACGUGACUAUAGAAAAUGCGGGUGACUAUAGUGGAGACGGUUGUAAGCAGUCCAAAAAGGCUUGCCUAGGAAAAUUCACAGCAAAAUUACAUCAU